GUUUUAUGGUUGUUUGCGCAACUGAAACGGAAUAUAAACAAAUGUAUGAUUGCAAAGUCCAGGCAGAAUCAUCUAUUGCCCCCUUCAUAUCAUUAAUUGGAACCCGAGAUGAGCCACAAUCAUUCAUGAUUGACUUUGACAACAUCAUUUACAAAGUUUUCAACUUCGCGAAAGCUGUGGAUAUAUGUUUUAAAGCAUACCAUGUUUUUAAUAUGGCCUACGCCGAGCCAUGCGCUGCAAUGUGGGACUUCAUUAACAGACAAUUCUAUCAGUUAACUAUCAACGCCAAGCCCAAGCCAGGAAUAGAGGCACUGCUUAAUGAAAUUAAAAUCGCAAAAGAAGCAAACCUAGAAGAAGAUACGAAUCUGCCGAGCACCUCUACAUUUUGUUAAAUACACUAAAAUUUACGAUAAAAAUAUAAUAAAACCCACCAUGCAAAACAUGAGAAAUAG